GGUUACAGUAAAUCGCACCCAUUGAACUGUAGAUAUUUGUAUUGCAAUAAAAUUCGUGUACUAUACAUAUUUUAUAUUUAUUAACGGUAUCAUUCGCAAAGUAAUAUAUUUAUUUAACGUGUUGAAUUAUUUUGAUUCGAACUACAGUAGUAUAUCAUAAACAAUGUCACGUAUAAGAAGACUUUCAUUACGGGGUAUUCGUAAUUUCGGCGAUGAAAACGAAGAAGCAAUAAUUCGAUUUUCUCGACCACUGACACUUAUUCUUGGUCCAAAUGGCACUGGAAAAACAACAAUUAUCGAAGCACUGAAAUAUGUCACUUGCGGCGAAUUUCCUCCCAAUUCAGAGCGUGGAAAAUUCUUUAUACACGACCCGGCUUUGACAAUGACAUCCUCGGUCCGAGCUGUUAUAAAGGCCGAAAUAGUGGAUAGAAAAGGAAAUAUAAUUACAAUAUGCAGAACACUAGAAUGCUCUAGAAUAACUGGGACACAAAAAUUAAAGACCCUUGAUAAUACAUUGAGUAGACUGAACAAGGGUACAGACAAGGUCGUAUCGAUCACCAACAGAUGCGUUAAUGUCGAUACAGAACUUUCAUUAAUAAUGGGUGUGUCCAAACCAAUUUUGGAUUACGUUAUAUUUUGCCACCAGGAAGAUCUGAGUUGGCCAUUUAACGAGGGCAAAAAAUUAAAAGAAAAAUUUGAUGAAAUCUUUGACAGCACAAAUUACAAUAAAGCAAUUGAAAGUAUCAUAAAACUGAUGAAAGAAUAUACUACAAAGUUGAAAUUAUUACAAGAAGAACAAAAUUCAUGUCGUAUAAUCGUUUCUCAAGUAGAAGACAAAGAAAAAACAUUGAGAGAUCAGAGAAGACGAUUGAAGACUGCAAUAGAAAAAGUAGAGGAAAUUAAAAAUGAAUUGGAACCUUUAGUUCGGAGAAUUAAAAAUUCUGAAAAAGUGGCUACUAACUAUAAAGAGUUACAAAUUCGAGAAAAAAGCAAGAAAACAGAGUAUAAUUUAUGUAAACAGCACAUAGACAGAUUAGAAGAAAAUAUAGAAGAAGAGUUUGAUGGUUCGAUGACAGAAUUAUUUGCUGAGAUAGAAACGUUUGAUGAAAAAUUAAAAGGAAAAGUUGAUACCAUAAAAGAGUUUCAAACAAGAGUAAAAGAAAUUACUGAAGAGGAGACCAAGAUAUCAAAUUUAUUAGCCAGAGAAAAUGUCACCAGUGGUUCUUUAAAACAACAAGUUAAAGAUCAGGAAAGAAAAGUUACUAAUCGCAAUAAAAUAUUAAAUGAAGCAUUAAUGGCAUGGCAACUGGAUACUAUAGAUUCUAGUGUUUCGGAAAUAGAAGUUCUAGCUUUAACCAAAAGAUUACGAGAGAAAUUCCAAGAGUUAGAACACAUUGGAGAGGACAAUAGGGCAAGAAGAGCAGGAGAGGAAAAAGAAUUACAAAAACAAGUGGACAUACUGCGCAAUGAAUAUUCGAAAAGUGAAUCCGAAAAAAAUAUGAAAGAAAGUGAAGUAGUUGCUACGAGAGAUGAAAUUCAUAAAAUAAAAUUGGAGAAAAUACGGCUUGGAGAUGCUGCUAAUAACUUAAACACCAUAGAAUCCAAAAUGCAAACGGUAAAAACUAAAAUUGAACAUUUGAAUGAAACAUUGAAUGUAAAUACAGCGAAGGAGGAAGUUACUGGUAAAAUAAAAUUAAGAGAUGAAACCGAAGCGAAGUUGAACGCUGUCGACGAGGAAAUAACUUCAUUAUUAAAACAAAGUUCGUUACAAGCCGAACUGGAAUUGCAUAAUAAUUCAUUAGUAUCGAAGGAAAAGGAAUUACAGAAGUUAAAAGAUAAAUAUGAAGAAAUUAUAAAAAACUUAGUGGAUGUCAAAGAACUGACACAAAUUAAAUUAAAAAAUAAAGUAGAUACAACUCAAAGAGAAUUGACAAGCCAAAUAGAAUCUAUUAAUCACCAAAUUCAAAUGGAAGAAAUUCGAUCUAAUACAUUACAAACAACAAUAUCGCAUGUUGAGAGUGAGCUUCAUAAAAAAAGGAAGGAAAUAGAAUCUGACAAAGCACAAGUUUCUUUGUUUUGUAAAUAUCAAGAUUUUGAUGAGUCUGUGUUAUUGCAAUCCAGAAAAUUAAAAGAUUUACAAGAUAAAAGAGGUUUAUAUGCUCAUCAAGGAGUUGCUUAUAAGGAUUAUAUAAAACAAUUGAAGGAAACAAGUCCUUCUUGCCCUUUAUGUCACA